AUGUCAGAGCUACUUAGACCAGGCGCAACACAAGAAAGAGCAGACGAAGCAAGGACCUCUUUUCUAGUAGGAGCCAUCACAGCAUCAGGAAUGGUAAAAAGCACACUAGGCCCAAGAGGAAUGCUUAAGCUGCUGUACACACAGAGAGGAGAGCCCAUUAUAACUAACGAUGGCGCCACAGUGCUUAAGAACACCGUGCCCAACGGAGCAUCUGCUAAGAUACUUAUCAACUCAGCUGCAGAGCACAGCGCAAAAGAAGGAGAUGGGACCACUACCCUUACUGUUCUCACAGGAGAGCUGCUCCACGAGGCAGAUAAGCUGAUAUUCAAGGGCAUGCACCCCUACAAAGUAAUCACAGAGUACAGGAAGGCACACAAAAAGGCGCUUCUAAAACUCAGAGAAAUAUCGAAGAUAUCAGCCACAGAUGAUGCAGACAACAGGCUGUUCCUAGCCAAAACCACGCUUUCUUCUAAGUUCUCUCCGAUAGAGCUGGAAGCACUGAGCAGUCUUGCCCUGGACAUUUCCAAGAGAGUAGACUCCGUGGAGAUGGUGAAUAUCAUAAAAAUACCGGGGAGUGAGCUGAGCAGCUCGUACAUACACCCAGGACUGCUGAUAGAAAGCGAUGUAGGCCCAGGACAGAAGCACAAGGUGGCUAAUCCAAAGGUGCUGAUAGCCAACACGUCAAUGGACGCAGACAGAGUGAAGAUAUUCGGGGCAAAAGCAACGGUCUCAUCUCCUGCAGACCUGGAGAGGAUAGAGGCUGCAGAGAAUGAAAGAAUGGCUAAAAAGGUGGAGAUAAUGGCAGAGUCAGCAGAUGUAAUAGUUAACAGACAGAUCAUAUACGAUUAUCCUACGCAGGAGUUCACAAGAAGAGGAAAAGUGUCGAUAGAGAGAGCAGACUUCACAGGAGUGGAGAUGGUUGCUAAGGUUCUCAAGGGAACCAUUUUGAGCACAUUCGAAUCAGUGCAGGAGAGCGAUCUCGGAAGGUGCGAAAUGUUUGAAAGAGUGUCUAUACACGGGAGAGUGUUCUGCGCGUUUACAGGGCUGCCAGACACAGGGGCUUGCUCAGUGGUCAUCAGAGGGCACACAAAGGAAAUGCUGGAAGAGUGCGAAAGAUCGCUCAUUGGAGCUGUAAAGGUGCUUCUGAUGAACAAAAAGGACGAGUAUGUGCCAGGUGGAGGAAGCGCAGAAGCUGCAGUGUCAUUCCUCCUGCAGGCUGAAACAGAGGGAGAAAGGGCAUACGCCAGGGCUCUUAUGGAGGUGGUCAGGAUACUGGCAGACAAUGCAGGGCUGUCGAGCGAGGUUGUUGAUAAAAUAACAGAGAAGGUGGCAGCUGGGGAAUACUCCUAUGGUGUGGGAGAGACAGGGGCUGAGUGCAUGAACAGUAAAAAAGUGAAGGAGUCUCUGAGGCUGAAGGAGAUCGUGUGGAGCAGGGCAGCAGAAACAGCGGAGAUGCUCCUGCGCUGCGAUAGCAACAUAAAGUGCAGGCCCAGAGAAAGAGUCCAUGAAUAA